AUGCAUCGAGGACGUGUUGCUAGCCAAGGACCCCUCAGCCCAACGCAUGCAUGGCAGCAGCCUCCCCGCCUCCUCAUUGUAGAUGCUGCAUGCCCCUUGUGGGCCAGGGUCUGCUCCAAUCUCUGUGAGGCUCUGCAGAAUUUUUUCUCUCUAGCCUGCAGCCUGGAAGGCCCUAGCCGAAUGCCCCUGUUCAGCAUGUAUGUGGUUCAGAGUCAACAUGAGUGCAUCCUUCCUUUCAUGCAGGUGAAAGGGAACUUUGUCCGGCUGCAGGCCUGCAUCUCUGAGUUGCGCUUGGUGCCAAGAGAAGGGGUUUGCCAACAGAGAUCCUGUCUGAAUCUGGCGGUGCAGGAUGGGCUCCAGCAGUUCAAACAGUACAGCAGGCAUGUGAUGGCGAGCUCGGUUCCAAGCAGCCCUUCAGUGGAGAUUACAGUUCUGACUUGUCAGCCUGGAAAAGAGAUUGUUAAACAGCUGGAGGCAGAGUUGCAAGACACAGACAUGGUGAGCCUCCGGAGACUACAAGUCACUGAGAUCUCAAAGGGAGAUGUGUUGGAGUCGAUGGACUCACCAUGGCCCAGCCAAGCCCCUGCUGAUGAGCUUAGCACUGAUGAGUGUUCGAUCCUGGGCAUUGACAUUGAACUUCAGAUCAUCGAAAAUGACACUGUGAGCAUAGAGAGUUUCUUCAAAGCUUGGCUUCAAGACAGUGGGACAGACCAAGAGCAUCUCCAUCUCCUUCUUCCUUCACAGUGUUUCAGCAGCUUCUCCAGUGCCAGAUCAGAACCAAUGUGUCUGAAAUGUGAUCUUCAAGAGCGGCUUCUUAACCCAGCCCUCCUCCCUGGCACAGCAGAGAGCCCCAGAGGAGACUUCAGCUCCUUCUACCAGAUGGCCCCCCAAUCAGCAGCAUCAUGUUACAGACUCCGAGUGAUCAAGGCUCUAGAAUCCAGUGGGGUCUGCGAGUCGGUGACGUAUGGACUCCCAUUCAUCAUCAGACCAACCAGUUGUUGGCAGCUGGACUGGGAUGAGCUAGAGACAAACCAACGUUUCCAUGCUUGUGUCACUAGCCUGCGGAAAAGAGAGUGGCUGCUCUUGGCCAAAGGAGAGCCUCCAAGUCCAGGACCCAGCCAGAAUGGUCCCACCAGCACUUUCUACGUCAUCUUCCCGUCCAGUUCUCUUACAAUGCUGGUCAAGGCAGUGGCCACAUGUGAGCUGCUGCUGCCCAGCUCCUUCCCUGUGCCCUCUGAGGACCCACCAGAGGACAUCCUUAGGAGUGUGGAGAACACCUUGGAUGGCUUAGAGGUAGCAUCCACCUAUAAUCCCCUGCAGAUUAAGGGCCAGCUAUAUGAACACCUGAGAAGCAUUUUGUCCAAACCCCAGGGGCUACUCACUCCAGGUCGGGAGCUCCACCCCCCCAGACAGGUUGGAAGACUGCACCCAAACCGAGCCCGAGCUACAGUGCCCCCUCUGCCCCUGGUACCAACCCUGGCUCCUUCGAGGGCCCCAAAGAUGCCAGCAGCUCAAAAGCCAUCCUCAGAGCCUGUGCUGUUGCUUUCUGAUGAUGAAGAACUUUUCUGGGAGACAAAUUGCCUCAGCCCCACUCAGGGCAAGGCCCCCAAAGAAUCUGGGUGAAGUGUUUGUCCAGGCCUGCCCUUCCUCCUCCUACACAAUGACCUGCAUCAAGCAGAACUCUCAUGCACUGGAGGCAGUGGAGGCAUCUGUCCAUACUUCUCUGUCCCACUCUGUAUUCAGGCUUAGGAUUAUUUCAGUAGCUAGAGGUGACAGGAACCCUUCCCUGGUAUGACCCUGUGUCACCUCUCAAGGAUGCACACCCAGGUACACUGCCCCCUUCC